GGCGCGCAAGAUGAAUGGGGCGGCCCCGCCGCUCUUCGGCUGCAAGGAGCGCGCGCUGCUGCUGGGUGACAGUUUUGAGAGGCAGCCACGUUGCGCCUUCCACACCGUGCGCUAUGACUUCAAACCUGCAUCAAUCGAUACAUCCUGUGAAGGAGACCUUGAAGUUGGUAAAGGUGAACAGGUGACAAUAACUUUACCAAAUAUUGAGGGUUCAACUCCACCAGUAACAGUUUUCAAGGGCUCCAAGAAGCCAUACCAAAAAGAAUGCAUAUUGAUUAUUAACCAUGACACUGGAGAAUGUAGACUUGAGAAACUGAGUAGCAACAUCACUGUGAAGAAGACCAGAGGUAAAGGAAGCAGUAAGGUUCAGUCUCGUAUUGAGCAGCAGCAGCAACUAAUGCGAAGUGCAAAUAAGAUUUCAAACAGUGUUAAAUAUUCUACACCAAAAGAAAAGAUGUCUCCAGCUUCUCCUAUGGAUGAUAUUGAAAGAGAGCUCAAGGCAGAAGCUAAAGUUAUAGAGCAGAUGAGUAGCUCUGAUAGUUCAUCAGAAUCAAAGAGUUCAUCCUCUUCAAGCAGUGAAAAUAGUUCUAGUGAUUCAGAAGAUGAAAAGCCACCCCUUCCUUGUCAUUGCCACACCUUGCGAACACAGCCUCCCGUGUCUGCUGUAUCACAUCAGACCUUCUAUAAUAUGGAUACUGGAUAUAACAGAAGUAAAGAGAACACUGGACAUGUGAUAAACACAUUGCGGAAUGAUCUCCAGUUAAGUGAAUCUGGAAGUGACAGUGAUGAUUGAGAACAUCUUGGGACUAUAGAAAUGCAUCACCUCCCUCGAUG